AUGGGCUUGAAGAUAAAUGAUUCAGAGCUUUAUGAUAUGCAUUUGCAGGUCUUCAACCAGAUCAAGCAAUCCAAGUCUUCAGCAAAAGUACCAGUCAGCUUGCAGGAGAUCUCCCUGGUGCCAGCACCUACUUACCUUUCUCCAGAGGCAGAAGCCACCAGCCAUAGCAUCUUUCCACCUCCGAUGCCUGUGGAUCCAGCAACCUGUCCUAUCAUUCCGGGGCAAGAGAUGACUAUAGAGAUAUCUAAGGGUCGAUCAGGCCUCGGUCUCAGCAUCGUUGGAGGGAAGGACACUCCUCUGCUAAGAGCGGGUGCGCGAGUUAGUGCAGGAGUCGUGAAGGAGGAAGGGCUGCUCAGAGCUCUCCAGCUCGUGCUGGGAACGGGGAGGACUGCCACAGAGCUGGACACGGGAAUAUUUCGGUUUAUUCUCCUGAUCCAGGACGCCAUCGUCAUCCACGAGGUCUACGAGGAAGGGGCGGCCGCCAGGGACGGCAGGCUCUGGGCCGGGGACCAGAUUCUCGAGGUGAACGGGAUCGAUCUGCGGAAUGCCAACCACGAAGAAGCUAUCACAGCGCUGAGGCAGACCCCGCAGAAGGUGCAAUUGGUUGUCUACAGAGAUGAAGCUCAUUACAAAGACGAAGAAAACUUGGAGAUUUUCCACGUAGAUAUACAGAAGAAAACGGGCCGGGGGCUAGGCCUCAGCAUAGCUGGGAAACGAAAUGGAAGUGGAGUGUUUAUCUCUGACAUUGUUAAAGGAGGAGCUGCAGACCUAGAUGGAAGAUUAAUUCAAGGAGAUCAGAUUUUGUCUGUUAAUGGGGAGGAUAUGAGAAAUGCCUCACAAGAGACUGUUGCCACUAUUCUUAAGUGUGCCCAAGGCCUGGUGCAUCUCGAGCUGGGGAGGCUGCGAGCUGGAUCGUGGCUGUCGUCACGGAAAACACCCCAGAACAGCCAGGUGACUCAGCAGAGCGUCCACGGCCACUUCCGCCCCGCGCUGGCCCCGGUGCUCUCCACCCUGCAGAGUUUUGUCGGCACCAAGAGGUCUCCGGCGGACGCGUCGCAGAGGGGCUCAGGUGCAGCAGCCCGGCCCGCGUGGUACCCGCGGCUGCUCUUCGUCUGGGCACGACUUUUCCUGGGGCCGGCAGAGCGCGGCUGUUCGGGAGGUGCUGGGGAACCGACACCGGACACGGCGGCCGCGGCCGAAUCCGCCUCCGUGGGAAACACAAACCCUGUCCUCAUCCGGGGAGGCUCCGCUGCUGCCCCGUGA